AUGUCUACAUUUAAAGUAUUAAUCUUAGCAGUUUUGCUUGUUAUUAACCAUUUUUGUAACACUGAUUCUAAACAAUUACAAGACAGUGAUUUAUUCAGAGGUGGCUUUGAACCAAUGCGAUAUUAUUUCAAUCCAAGUGAUUCAUACAUUGGUAAACGUGUACCAAAUCCAGCAGAUAUGAUGAUACGCUUCGGGAAACGUUCUGCAACGUUUGAUGCACCAACUGGCGAUCUUAAUGAUGAAUAA